ACUACUUCCGGGUUAGUACUUCAGGCAUGGCUUUAGAACGAGUAUACAUGUGGAAGUAACCAGAAAAUAGUCACAACAGCCAAUAAAAGCAAGAUUUAAAUAAGAUGAGUUCUCAGAAAGGUAACGUAUCUCGGUCUCGCGGCCAAAAACAUCAAAACAUCACAGCUUUUAAAAAUGACAAGUACGGAGCAACAGUACAAAUCAAGAACGCUAAGUCAAAGAUACACAAUGGACUCUGUCAACACUGCAAAGAUGUUCUUGAGUGGAAAGUCAAGUACAGCAAAUAUAAGCCUCUUACACAACCAAAAAAAUGUGUGAAAUGCUCUCAAAAGACAGUGAAAGAUGCCUAUCACAUUGUCUGUAAACCCUGUUCUCUUCAACUGGAAAUCUGCUGCAAAUGUGGAAAGAAGGAAGACAUCGUUAUUCCUGUGAACUCGCAACUGGAUGAUGAACAAGAAGAAGAAGAAGACAAGCAGAUGAAGAAAACACAUAGAGGACAAAGGAAGGACUUAGACAGUGAUGAUGAUUUUGAUGAUGAUAGUGACAUCGAUGACCUGGAUGGUGAGGAUGAUUAAGACCUUGCUCAUGACUCAAAAGGAAAAACAUCACAUGGAAAAGGGAAGAAAGACUUGGACAGUGAUGGAAAUGGUGAUAAAGAUGAUGGUUGUAACAAAAGUGCUAAGAAAAGACAGAACAAUUCUUCUGUGCUCCCAGAUGUGUCAAAUGUUAAUCUAAAGGACUAAAACCUGCAUGGUACAUUUGGAUUUAAUUGUAAAUGUACCUGUAUAUUACUUUUUUUUUAGUUCAAAUUAACUUUCCUAAAAUGAGCAAAUUAAGUAAAAUCUCAUUGCAAGUUUGAUACUGAGUGAUCUCAUUUCUUUUACCAACUGGUUGUUGAAGCUCACCUGAAUUAUGAUGAUCAAUCAUUAGAUCAAUCAUGAUCUAAUAAAAAGCUUCAAAUUUAA